AAAGCGGAAGGCAGGCAGGUGGACGGGCUUGUCUAUUUAAAGCGGAUUUUGCUGCUUUCGGCUUCUCGGGCUGGGGCAUGCUUUUGCAGUGAGGCCUUGACUGAAAAUGUUCGGGGCGCGCUGUGUACGCCUGGCUCUUCGGCAUUCUUCUUCUGCUCCACUCCCUAAGCAUGCUGCAACAGCGAAACUCCUCCGUGUCAAAGAGGCUUUGGAAGUCCAGAAUCCAACGAGUAAUGAUGUUAAAGUCCAGGGCUGGGUGAGGUCCGUCCGGUCCCAGAAAGAAAUCUUGUUUCUGCACGUCAACGACGGCUCCUCUUUGGAAAGCCUCCAAGUAGUUGCCGAUCCCGGAUUGGAACCCAGGGAGCUGUCGUUCGGAAGUUCUGUAGAAGUGCAAGGGAAGCUGAUCAGAAGCCCUCACAAAAGGCAAAACGUGGAACUGGCCGCGGAAAGCAUUCGUCUGGUGGGAACUUGCGAUGUGCUG